AUGUCUUCCAUCCCCCAAACCAUGCGCGCUGUUGCUCAGCACCCCGAGGCCUCGGCACCCAACUCGGUCCCCUUUGGUCCCUCCGAGGGCCGCAAGAACAUGCACGCACUCGUCCAGGAGGUCCCUGUGCCUCAGCUCGACGAGAACGACAUCUUGAUCAAGGUCGCCUACGCCGCACAAAACCCCACCGACUACAAGCACUCAUACUGCAUGUCCCCACCAAAAGCCCUCAUUGGGUGCGACUUCUCCGGUACCGUCGUCAAGCUCGGCAGCAACACCAAGAACGCCAACAUCAAGGUCGGUGACCGGGUCGCGGCGUCUCUUCACGGUGGUCUCUUCACGGACAAGGGUUCCUAUGCCGAGUACUGCAAGGCCCCGAGCGACCUCGUCUUCAAGGUGCCAGAGAAGAUGAGCAUGGAGGAGGCCGCGACAUUCGGUGUGCCAUGGGUCACUGCUGCGCAGACUCUCACCCACAGCCAGGGCCGGAAGCUCCCACCAGCGCAGGUCGGAGAUGAAUGGUUCCUCAUCUAUGGAGGCUCCACCUCGGUCGGUCUGUUCGCCCUCCAGCUCGCCAAGGCUAUGGGCUACAAGGUCGUCACUACCGCCUCCCCUCACUCCUUCGAUCUCGUCAAGCAGUACGGCGCCGAUGAGGUUGUCGACUACCACAAGGGCAAAGAAGCAUCCGAGGAGAUCAAGAAGAUCACCGGCGGCGGUGUCUCCCGCGGUCUCGACUGUAUCGCCGAGGGCGGGUCGUUCGACAUCUGCCUUGACGCCUUCAAGGCGGGUGACGGUCAGCUCAACCUUGUGCUUCCCGCCAGCCCCGAGGUGGAGAAGAAGCGCCCGGAGAUCAAGAAGCCUUUCACCCUCAUGUACUCUCUCCUCGGCAACGACUGGAACAUCACUCCUCUCGGCGAGAACAGGACCCUCCCUUCGCCCAAGGAGGACCAUGAGUUCGGUAUCGAGAUCUUUGGCCGCACGGCCGAUAUCAUCGAGAAGUACAACAUCAAGCCCUUGCCUACCAAGGUCCGCGGCGGUCUUGAGGAGGUCACGAAGGGCUGGGAAGAGCAGGCAGACGGGAAGGUUUCCGGCGUGAAGCUUGUGUACAAGAUAGAACAAUAG